AUGAAGACCCCGUCGUCCAUUCUCCGUGCCGCCCUUCUCUCCUCUAUCUUCCAAGCCUCCGAGGCUCUGGUCGGUCUCUCAUGGAGCGUCUCCGACGUGCCCAGCACCGGACUAAAGGACAUCACCUUCCCAAUUUCUAUGCCCGAUGCCACCCAUGCAUCUGGGUACUAUUACGCCCAACAAUUCAACUUCAACGGCCAAUCUGACGUCGGAUACACCGGCCUCCAACCACGCCCGGAUUCCGGCUCUCAGUCCGUCGUUCACGGCGUCUUCUCCAGCUUCAUUAGUGGAACUACCACGAAUGAUAGCAACUGCAGCGACGGUGCCGAUGGAGGUUCCGGCGUGAGUUGCUCCGUCGAUGUCGACGCUACCUACGCGGAUGGCUAUCUGUUACGGAUUCAAAACACCGAGGGCACGACUUGGACCGGUACUUUGGUCGACGCCGUUACGGGGACGGAGACUCAUAUCGGUUCUUAUACGCUUCCCUCGGGGUCGGGGGGCAUUGAGGGAUCGCAGGUUGGCUUUGUUGAGUAUUAUCCCUGGAACUCGGGUACUCACUCGUGCGGCGCUUUGCCCAAGACUUCGGUGACUUUUGGCGCGCCGACUACGUCGAGUGGUAACUCGGGAAGUUUGGGGAAGCCUUAUGAGUAUGGUGACUGUGUUGGUCAGGUCGAUUUUUCGACCCAGCAGAGCGGUAGUAGUUAUGAGGUUAGCGUUGGGUUCUAA